AUGGAUUUCAACAGUGCAUACAAUUCAAGGAGGAAGCCCUUUCUGCAAUGCGCUAUAGCAACGGCCACUCUCGUCGCUAUAGCCAUUGUCGUCGGUGUAACGCUAGGCUUCACCGUGUUCCGGCCCCGGAACCCAACCGUCGUCCUUUACCCAGUGGGCUUGAGCAACCUCACAAUGAUGGAUCUAACCACGCAGCAGAACAUCACGACGAAGAUGAUCGUCGGCAUUAGCAACGAAAACUACGCCGGUUUCAAAUUCGGUGACUCGACCGGUUUGGUGACUUUUGGCGACGACGUGGUCGGCGAAGCCCCGAUCCUAGGACAAGAGAUCCACCCUCGGUCGUCCGUAAACAUAACGACGUGGUCGGUUCUGAUGCCGGCGAAGAUGAUGAGCAACCCGGCGGCGAUCAUGGAGAUCUCGUCGGGGAAGGUGGAGCUGAAGUCGACGGUGAAGCUGCAUGGGAAGUCGUCGUUUUUGGGGGUUAAAGUGAAGACUUCGGCGUACACGGAGUGCUACCUCACGAUUGUGUUUGGGGAGGUGCUGAGUGGGGAGAGUUGGUGCUGGAGCAAGCUCAAGAUAAACUGA